GCGUCGAAGAAGACGGUUAUUUUCACAAUAUGGGUGAUGCAUGUUACACGAGUCGCAAUGUUUUCUCGUUUCAGGACUUUAAAUGUUCCCCUGAUCCUUUAUUCACAGUGAAGUUGGAAUGUGUGGAGCCGCGUCCGGCGCCGAUAGUGGUGGAUAACGGCUCGUUUCAAUGCCGCGCAGGUUGGGCGUCCGGCACAUCGGGGCUUGAUCAGCCGCGGCUCGUGUUUAGAUCAGCGGCGGCACGAAGCAGAGGAGCCGCGCGCAGUGACGCGCACAUCGGUAAUGACAUCCCGAACCUCGAGCCGCUGCGCUGGACGUUCAAGAGCGCGUUUGACCGUAACGUAGUUGUUAACUUCGACAUACAGGAGCUCAUCUUUGAUUACAUCUUCAUGCACUUGGGCAUCAACACACAGGGUCAUGUGGAUCACCCUAUGGUAGUCACCGAGCCACCCUGCAACCCUCUGCACUGCAGACAGAUGAUGUCAGAGUUGCUCUUUGAGUGUUAUGGGGUUCCACAUGUGGCUUACGGUGUGGACAGUCUCUUCAGCUUCUAUUACAACAGUGUCAAUCAUGGAGUGGAUCCGUCCUACACUGGUCUGGUAAUGUCAUCAGGGUAUCACUGCUCUCACGUGCUUCCCGUCAUCAACGGCAGGCUGGACGCAGUGAACUGUAAGCGUGUGAAUGUGGGUGGUGGUCAGGCGGCAGCAUAUCUGCAGAGAUUGGUACAGCUGAAAUACCCCGCACAUCAGGCCGCCAUAACACUGAGUCGCAUGGAGGAGCUACUGCACCAGAACAGCUACAUCGCACUCGACUACCAGCAUGAGAUGGAGAAGUGGCGCAGUCCUGAGUUUUACAGAGAGGAAGUCCACCGUGUACAGCUGCCUUUCUCUGGCCGAGUGGCAGGUGUUUGCGUGAGCGCUGAGGAGCGGAACGAGAGGAAAGCGCAACAACUCUGUCGACUACAGGAAAUUAACAACCGUCGUAGAGAACAGAAACUACAGGAAGACCAAAAACGACUGGAGACACUGCUGUCCGUACAGGAGCUGCUGGAAGAGGGCUCGCUGGAGAUGUUUCACAGGAGUCUGGUAGAGCUCAACAUGGACUCAACUGAAGAGCUUCAGUCCUACAUCCAUAAACUCAGUCUGAGUGUGGAGCAGCAGCGGCUCGUGAAUACUGAGGUUGCAGAGGUGGAGCCGCCCGUGGAUGAAGGAAAUGAGAAAAAAAAGCCAGAUUUAAAUGAAGUGAAUAAUGAGCACGGAAAAACUACCAAUGUCACCCAGCCGUUGUUUAACCUGUCCGAGUAUCACCAACUGUUCAUCGGCACCGAGCGUGUACGCGUGCCAGAGAUCUUAUUCCAGCCUUCUGUGAUUGGUGAAGAGCAAAUGGGCCUGAUGGAGGCGCUACAGUUUGUGCUGGAACAGUAUUCUCCUGAGCAGCAGGAGGCGCUGGUGAAGAACGUGUUUCUGACUGGAGGAAACCUGCAGUACUGUGGGCUCAGAGAGAGAGUAGAGAGAGAUCUGCUUGCCAUAAGACCCUUUCAGUCUAACUUUCAGGUGUCUCUAGCGAGUCGUCCAACACUGGACGCGUGGUUUGGGGCUCAUGAGUGGGCUCUCAGGACCCCCGCUGGAGCUCAAGGCUGGAUCAGCCGUCAGGACUAUGAGGAGAAGGGAGGAGAAUAUCUAAGUGAACACUGUGCUUCAAACACCUACAUAUCCAUGAAACUCAAACCAACAGCAGCCGCUAAACACACACUCAUCGGAAAAUACUCGAUGGAUACAAACCUGCCUGACACUGCUAGCAAUGACAAUGACAUCACCUUCCCUUAGUGUGUGUGAAGAGUAAUAUAGUGUAAACGAUUGAGUUUGAGACAUAUUUAUUAAAUAUUUUGUCUAAAUAUGUGAUUAGUGACCAAGUUCACAUUUUCAAACUGCUGUUGCUCUCUCAAGAAUAUUUGAAAAGCUGAAGUCUUCAACAAAUGUAUUUGGAAAAUAUUGUGAAAUACUAUACUACAAUACUGAAUAAAAUACAAUAAAACAGCAA